GGCAUGGCUGUACAUGGGCGUGGUCAAUUGAGAAAACUAUGGAUCAAGGUAUAGUUCUUGUAACUGGUGGUUAUGAUCACAGUUUGAAGUUCUGGUACCCUCACGACGGGGUAUGUUAUAGGACCAUACCUCACCCAGACUCUCAAGUUAACCAAUUAGCUAUUACACCUGAUAAAAGAUGUCUGGUUUCUGCUGCCUAUCAACAGAUUCGUAUGUAUGAUAUAAAGUCGUCAGAUCAAACACCAGUGUACGUUUUUGAAGGAAUGACAAAGAAUGUAACAAGCGUUGGUUUCUACGACAAUGGUCAGUUUAUGUACAGUGGAGGUGAGGACUGUAUGGCCAGGAUAUGGGACUUGAGGGGUAGCAAUCAGCAGUGUCAAAGGUUGUUUCAAGUCUCUUCUCCGGUCAAUUGUAUGUGCCUUCAUCCAAACCAGGCAACUCUAAUAGUCGGGGAUCAAAGUGGGACGGUCCAUGUUUGGGACCUUACUACUGAUUAUAAUGAGCAGCUGAUACCGGAGCCAGAGGUGUCUAUCCACAGUGUUCAUAUAGAUCCAGAUGGUGCUUAUUUAGCAGCUGUCAAUAGUAAAGGAAUAUGUUAUGUAUGGAGUCUGACCAGCAGUGGCUCAACGCAACCGAUCACGCUCACUCCAAGAACAAAGACAGCCUCUCAUAAGAAAUAUGCACUCAAGUGUGUAUUUAGUCCUGAUUCAAGUUUAUUAGCCACUACCUCUGCUGAUGGUACCUGCAAAGUUUGGUCAACGGCCGAUUUCAGUUUACGGAACACUUUAAAAAGAGAAGCUGACAAGUGGGUGUGGGACUGUGCCUUUUCUUGUGAUUCCCAAUACAUAUUCACCGCAGCCAGCGACCAUGUUGCCAGAUUGUGGCACGUUGAGCAGUCGUCUCCGAUAAGAGAAUAUCAAGGACACUCCAAAGCAAUAACCUCAAUAGCUUACAGCGACAGACAGUGACAAUUAAACAUAAUUAUUAAGAGUAAUUAUUAACUAAUAUUAAUUUUCGUUUAAAAUUUAUAUACUUGUGUGUUUUUUA